UGGGAAUGUUGUUUUUACAGAGACACUGAAGGCAGAAGAGUGUCUGCGUGUGUCAAUCCAACCACACCGUUCCAAACCCCUCUUUCUGCAGAAGCCCAUUUCAACACCACCAUUGACUCCAGGAUGGGUGAGGACUCCUCUCAUGCUGAGCGCAGCGCGUCCACCCUACCCAGGGAGGAAAGCACCCCGACCCCUCCGGCACAGGAUGCUCAGGAAAUCCUCAUUCCGAGCUUCGGCCAGUGCCCGGGUCCCUCUUCACCUGUCGGCACCCUCUCUCGUCUGGGCCCCAAAUCCCCAACCAGCCCCACGGCACCUGGAGGCCAGGUCAGUGCCAUCACCGUGGUUGCUCUGCUCGACAAGCUGGUGGUCAUGAUCGAGGCAGUGCAGGAGAACCAGCAGAAGAUGGAGAAGAAACAGGCAGAGCUGGAGGGGGCGGUCAGGAUGGUGCAGGGCGACGUGUCCAGGCUUACCAAAAACCACAUGUCCACGGCAAACAGCGUGGCCAAGCUGCUGGAGCGCUCGCGCAAGACUGGCAUCAAUGUGAAGGAGGUGCGGGAGCGUCUGGACAGACAGAGCGUCCAGGUGAAGCGACUGGAAGCCAACCACACCCAUUUACUGAAGAGGAACCACUUUAAAGUUCUCAUCUUUCAGGAGGACAAUGAAAUCCCAGCAAGUCUACUCACUAAAGAGGGCUUGGCCUCACUCUCUCAGGAUGAGACCGCACCAUCUGCACCAACUCCAGUCACUGAUUUAAACCACUCUCAUGAGGAAGGCCUACACACCAUCAGUCUGUCCUCUGAUGAUGAGGAAGAAAAGGGAGCAACGAGCCCUUUAGCAGAAGGUGGCACCGACUCCCUGACAGAUCUGCAUGAGGAGCAUUUCCCAGAACUGGGAAGUGAUCGCCUGGAGCUUUCUCGUGCAGACAAGUUCAAGCGCUCCAGUCUGAAGAAGGUGGAUAGUCUAAAAAAAGCUUUCUCACGAAGCAGCUUUGAGAAGCAGAUCAACAAGUUUGUGCCUCCAGAACAAUUUCAGAAGAUAAAGAAAACCCUCACCCCCAACCACCCGAAGAGCCCCUCUUCCAAGAGCACGUCCUUCCGUGUCAAUCCAAAGACAUUCAACAUCAAGAAGGUACGACAUGGAGAUCCUGAUGCCCCUGAGCAGCCUGAGACCUCAUCCAGAGAUCUCAGCCCAGUGGAGGUUCCCUCCUUAGGGGGACCUGAUGGUGAGCUGCACUUGCCUGAGUUACACUCCACAGAAGAGAAAGAAAAUGGAGACGAGCAUCACAGCCCAUCCUCCCCAGGCAGCGCGGAUGGUGGAGAUCUUGAGAAUGGUCCCUCUGAAGAAGAAGCAGAGAAACAUAGUGGUGAAGCUGAUGAUGCUGUUAAACAUGAGGAAAAUGGUCAGGUGGAGGAGGAUGAGGAUGAGGAGAAAGAACCAAGAUCUGUGGAGGCAGCAUCACCUCCAGCCACCGUUGAGCAAACAUCCUAGAUUUGUUGUAUUCUAAGUUCUAGCCCCGAAUCUAUUUCUGAGACUUUGGAAAUCAUAGUUACUCCUUUAUGACACUGGCAUUUUGUUCCCGAGCUCAUUUGAUGUUAAAUAGCAUGCCUGCUGAAAUAACAUAUCCCUGAAUGUACCCAAAUAUAAAGUAACUAUAAUCUAUUAUAUAGAAUUCAUAGAUUAUAUUUUAAAGCAAAUUCUAUUGAAACAGAUUCUGUCCAAAGGUCCACAUUGGUACUCUUGUCAAAGCCAAUGUGACCACAAUGAUGCAGCAAAAUAACUAUAUUUUCCUCUGGGAGCCUGUGAAUACCAUAGAAUUGACUGAACUCAAAAGCCUGAACUCUCACUCUCUAUAUAUUUUUCUUAAUGUGCGUGGGAGAAAUUGAGUAAGUGAGUGACAAGCUGUCCUUUGUUGCUGCAGUCCAGAUACUCGUCUGUGUACAUAAAUCUUAGUAUUUAAUCACUUACAAAAAAGUACCAUGGUAAUACCAUGAUUUUAUAAAUUUUACUAUGGUUAUACCGUGGUUUACUAGCUAUACCAUGGUGGUAUUGUUGAAGUACUUUGGAGUACAAUAUAGAGUCCAUGAUAUAUAAAUAAUGAUACUCACAGUACCAUGAAUACAUCUAUAUAAAUUUGACUCAUAUCAUUCGGUUACCAUCUGAUAUCAUCACUGCACCAUGGUACCCCCACAGCACAUUUUUUGUAAGUGAUAACUGUAAAAGGCAUGAGGUAACAAUUUUACAUUGUUUUGAAAAUUCAAAAAGUUUUAUUAAAGUAUUUAGCACCACUCUGGCUUGAAUAACUAUUCAUUUUGAAUAUAAGGAGCUGACAGUAGUGUCUGCUAGGGUGAGAAGUGUGUUAACAAAGUUUCUGGGGAAAAGCCAGAACAAUUGACUGCCAUCUCCAUAGCAACCUUGACUGCUGCCAACAACUCUCCAAUUACAACGUAGUCCACAGCAAGGGCACACACACACACACACACACACACACACACACACACACACACACACACACACACACACACAUAGUUUGACAAAUAGGCCUACAAGCGUACAAUAAAAUAGUAGCAGCAUUUGUAUAACGUUAAAAAUUCCACACAGAUGAUGUAAUGAUAUUGCAUUUACUAUGACACAAAAAUUCUAUAAAGGUCAUGUUCUUCCUGAUCCAAUUUUUUAAACCCUAGUUAGUGUGUAAUAUUGCUAUAAUAGCAAAAAUAAUACUUUUAAAAUGAUAAAGCUCAAAGUAUACUGCCAGGCGAUAUAUUUCCUGUAACAGAAUUCGCCUACAGCGAAUGGCCGGUUUGGACUACAGCCCUCUACUUCCUGCUUUAAUGACGUCACUAGAAGAGUUUUUGACUAAACUCCGCCCACAGGAAUACGUCAGUCGCCAGCUAAGCUAACGGCAAGGCUAUCGAAUCACAACACACUAAAGCUACACAAUCAGAACUCAUUACUUUUCUGAAGAAGGGACUUCAUAGACUCUUUACUGUUUGUACACAAUGAUGACGUGGCAGUGAAUGCACGCGCAUUUAGGCAACGGAAGUAUGGCAAGAAUCAGCAGUGAAGCAACACAGACAGAGAAGUUAUUUAUCAACUUUUUCAACACAGCUACCAGAUCCGUGUACUAUAGUGGAGUGGAUAGAAGACGUAAGCAGAUGGCCAAAAAUAAAGUUGUCAGAUACGUAUAUUAGUAUAUUUUAUAUUAGUGCAACCAAACACAACAACCAGACAUUUUGAUGCUGGGAAAUUUUUUUAAUAAACUUUCUAAGUUGCUAACACGUUAGAACCAAUGGGGGAACAACACCACUUCUGUUGCCUAAAUGCACGAGCAGGCUAUUUGCUCACGUGAGCUGUAAACCAGACACCAAUCAUGACUUACUUUUAAACGUGAUGUUACAUUGUGUUACACACAAAAACACUCUGGCCUGGUGUGUAGCAAAGUCUUAUUCAAACAGUAACGUGCGGUUUCAGAUCCGCAGUACAAAUGUCUUUCCAAGUACUUAAAAAGGGUAUGCAUAUUAAAUGUUUAUUUGGUUUUA